AUGUGCAUUCUACCACACAAUUGUAAGAACUACUACUGCAACCUAAUAUUUGGGCAAAUCCUGAUUACGCGCGCGCUUUACGAGGCAAACUGGAACUACUUGUGCAAGCGCAAUUUUGGCACAACUUUACAAGAUAAUGACCGUGUGAGCAGCGCAAGACAGCAGCGCUUCUACGAAGUAGGCGGCCACGCAUUCCAGCCUAAGAUCGUUCUCGUCUACCAGUCGUGA